CGCGGGGCGGUGGGACCACAGUGGGACUCGGACCGGCUGCUGCCACGUCGCCCUGUGAGGCGGAUUUAUUCAUUUUUAACAGAAACGGGAAUUAAAAUAAAUACCGUGCUUUAGCCGCAGUCAUGGUUUCCGUCAUCAACACAGUGGACACCUCGCACGAGGACAUGAUUCACGAUGCCCAGAUGGAUUACUACGGCACUCGGCUGGCUACCUGCUCCUCCGACCGCACCGUCAAGAUCUUUGAUGUCAGGAACGGAGGGCAGAUUCUGGUGGCAGAUCUCAGAGGCCACGAGGGUCCCGUGUGGCAGGUGGCGUGGGCUCACCCCAUGUUCGGGAACAUCUUGGCCUCCUGUUCGUACGACCGGAAAGUCAUCGUGUGGAAGGAGGAGAACGGAUCGUGGGACAAGAUGUACGAAUACACGGGACACGAGUCCUCAGUGAACUCUGUCUGCUGGGGUCCGUACGACUUCGGCCUGAUCCUGGCCUGCGGCAGCUCAGACGGCGCCAUUUCUCUUCUCACGUUCACCGGAGAUCAGCAGUGGGACGUGAAGAAGAUCAGCAACGCACACACGAUCGGCUGUAACGCCGUCAGCUGGGCCCCCGCCGUCGUCCCAGGCAGCCUCAUCGAUCAGCCGUCGGGACAAAAACCAAACUAUGUGAAGCGCUUCGUCUCCGGAGGCUGCGACAACCUGGUCAAGCUCUGGAAGGAGGAGGACGGACAGUGGAAGGAGGACCAGAAGCUGGAGGCGCACAGCGACUGGGUGCGAGACGUCGGCUGGGCUCCGUCCAUCGGUCUGCCAACCAGCACCAUCGCCAGCUGCUCUCAGGACGGCCGUGUUUUCAUCUGGACGUGUGACGACCCCGCAGGAAACACCUGGACGGCCAAGCUGCUGCACAAGUUCAACGACGUGGUCUGGCACGUCAGCUGGUCCAUCACCGGGAACAUCCUGGCUGUUUCUGGAGGGGACAACAAGGUGACGCUGUGGAAGGAGUCGAUGGACGGUCAGUGGGCCUGCAUCAGCGACGUGAGCAAAGGGCAGGGAGCCGUGUCCACCAUCACAGACACACAGCAGAAUGAGCAGUGACCACACACAUACACACACACACACACACACACACACACACACACACACAAUAACGCCCAGUAAUACUCAGAUGAGAAGUCGCUCAUUUGGACAUUUGGACUGUUUCUCAUGCUUCGCUGUAAAAGAAUUGUCAGUUCUGAGUUCAUUCAGAGCAGAAAUAAACGUCACAUUUCAAAGAUUCUCUCGUUCUUUGUCCUCUCAUGAGGACUUUAUGAAUACAACUGCGUCUCACUGAUUUAAAAUGGAAAAGUUCGUAUUUUU